ACCCCUAAAUAGCUCAAUUUAGUUAAAGAAUCAUAAUGUUUAGUUAGUUAACCCCACAUUAUUCAAGUGGUACAUUUUGUUAGUUUUCAAUUACACGUUAUCCUUCUUCAACCAUACACAUACAAAAUCAAGUCUCAGUAAUUAAGCUAAUAAUUAACCUUCUUCUAAAUUCAGAUUCUUACCGCAAAAAUUCACAUUUAACAAACCACCAUGUUAAUGUUAAUUUCAUCACAAAAAGCUUUAACCUUCGUAACCUUCUUCUUCUUAUUGGGCCUAAGCCCAAUUCAUUCACGAGACGCACACGUCAUCAAUUUCCGAUCACUCAACCUCUACCCUGAAUCCCUCGCGUGGGACCCACGCGCUCAACAUUUCCUCCUCGGAUCUCUCCGUCAACGAAUCAUCACCGCCGUCUCCGACGCUGGCGUCGUCGAAACUUUCAUCUCCGAUACAACUCUCCCCACCGAAGCCUCCAUCCUCGGAAUCGCCGUGGAUUCCCGCCAUAACCGUCUCCUCGCCGUCGUACAUUCCCGCCCUCCCCUCCCUCCGUUCAACGCCCUCGCUGCUUACGAUCUCCAUUCCCGCCACCGCAUCUUCCUCUCUCCUCUCCCUCCGUCCGACAACGACGAAUCCAUCCCUUGCGCCGCCAACGACGUUGCUGUUGAUUUCAACGGCAACGCAUUCGUAACAAACUCCGCCGGAAACUUCAUUUGGAAAGUCACCGCCGACGGAUACGCCUCAAUCUUCUCCAGAUCUCAACUAUUCACCUCGCUGUUAAACGAUCAAACCACCGGUCACGGUCUCUUAGGACUCAACGGAAUCACCUACGUCAGCAAAGGUUACCUUCUCGUAGUGCAAUCAAGCACAGGGAAGGUUUUCAAGGUCGACGCGAUUGACGGAACGGCGAGGAGUGUAUUGCUUAACGAGGAUCUAAUCGGCGCUGACGAUAUCGUCGUCCGCGACGAUAAUGUAGCGGUGGCGGUUUCGCCGAUGAACAAAUUGUGGUUCAUGAAGAGUAUGGAUAGUUGGGGGGAAGGAGUGGUGUAUGAGAGAUUGGAGCUUAAUUUACAGCGGUUUCCGACGUCGGUUACGGUUGGAGAGAAAGGUAGGGUUUAUGUGUUGUAUGGACAUUUGAAUGAAGGAAUAUUGGGAGAUUCAGGGAGAGAGAAUUUUGGUAUUGGUGAAGUGAGAUCAAGAGAAGGACAAGAUGAACAUGUUUGGAUCUUUCUUUUGAUUGGUCUUGGAUUAGCUUAUUUCUUCUUUUGGAGGUUUCAAAUGUCAAAUCUUGUCAAGAAAAUGGAUCAAAAAGUCAAAUAGUGUUAAUUCGGAUCGACAACGAGUGAGUUUGAUGAAAUUACAAUGGUAUCGUGAUUCGGUUGAAGUUAAAAAACGUAGUUUUUGUCGAGUUUGAUGAGAUCACGAUGACAUCGUGAUUCGGUUGAAAUUACAAGAUGUAGUUUUUGUCAAAAUCACUAGCAUAACGUAGAACGUGAUUAUGCCAAAGUCUACUCUGCAAUUGCUUUAUUGAGAUUGAUUUUAGUUUAGUUUGGUUCAUGUGUCAAUACAUUUUUGCAAAUUUUACAUAUUUGGAUUUUCAAUUUUAACAAGUGUAGCUCAAUUUUAGAUUUUUCAAUAUUGUAUAUGUUGCCAAUUUUGGUUAGUUUCAGUGUUAAUGUUAUUAAGAUGAUAUUUGAAUUGAGUGGUUACAAUAUUUUCUGCAC